AUGAAGCUGUUCGACGAACCUUGUCGCAUCAUUCUCCACUGUCCACGGAGGAGAUCGUCAGUGGGAUACCGUCUCACCGGCACUCUCCGUCCCGGCCUUCGGUCGCUGUUUAACAAGCUAAACUGGCGACUGCAUUGUCUUUGCACGGGACACGACAGAGCUCCUACAGAAGAUCCAGUACUCUUGCAAGAAGAUUUUCGCACGAUCGGUUUCCAGGUGAACCUCUCCAACUCCAAAUGGAUGCGAAUGCUGAGUAUUGUAUCAAUGGAAAUGGCGAAGAACUCGAAGAAGUCAACAGCCAGCCGUCAGUUGGACUGCAAGAACUUGUUAGACGGCAAAAUGUGCAGAAAAACGAAGGCGGCAUCGGCCAGCUUUAACUGUAUUAAAACGUCAUUGCUCGAGAUCGCCCUACCCUACAUCGUCUACGACUCGUCUGCCAGUAAAGCCGAGGAGAACAAACUGAUGGCCACGCAAGGGCCGAUGAAGGGAAAAUAUGCAAGAUAUCCGUCCGAGGUCACGUUCUGA